CAGUGUUUAGUCAGGGCUGAGGGUCAGCAGUUAAUCGUCUGGUGGCGAAGGUGGAGGGUGUGCUCGACUGCUCGGGAUUUUUACUUACAUUUUUCCUUCGGCAUGGUUGCCCACCAAGUGUUAUUGGUUGUUUUGAUUGUGUGUUUCGUAAAGGGGUCGCUGCAGCAACAUGUUCAUCCACAGCCCUACCCUCCAGUGAACCCCUAUGUCCAAGCUGCCCCACAACUGCAGCCUCAACCACCGCAGCAGGGUCACCAACCACCGCAGCAGGGUCACCAACCACCGCAGCAGGGUCACCAACCACAGCCUCAACCACAGCAGCAUGGACAUCAGCCUCUACUACCACAAGACCCUAUACACCAACCUCAAUCCAUCCCAAGACCACAGGGCUUGAGACCUGCUAAGCCUGUGCGAGCCUCUGAAUUGUCAAGUGGGCAGACAUUGGCAGGCAAAUCUGAACAUAUCUUGAGCCAGAGCAAUCUGCUGGGAGAGAGGGUGGAACGGCGGGUGGAAGAGACACUGGUGCAGUGCCUUAAGACACACAUGCUAGUCACCUUCAGGUUCUCGGCACCAUUCUCGGGGUAUAUCUACCCCUACCAACACUUUAGCCAGUGUAUGCUCUUCCGUGGCCAGAACUCACGGGAGACAAGUCUCCAGCUGAAGCAUGGCACUUGUGGUGACCUGGAGAACCGGAUAGUUCAUCAGGGAAGGUCUUACCUUGACCCUAUCAUUGAGCAUCGGUUGAUGGUCCAGUGGGAGCCAGACAUAGUGUGUGAGGAUGACUCCAGUGUGAUUGUCCGCUGUGACCGCCCUGAUGAUUACAACAAAACAGUGGAGUGGAAUCUUGAGACACAGAGCUUAAGAGCCACGCUGGAGCGGUCAACCCAUCCUGGCCCCAAGAUGUGGAUGGAGAUUCAGCGAGGUGAAGGUCCAACUGCCCCACCACUCGCAGAGGAGUUGGUAUAUAUUGGAGAUGUCCUGACACUGGUGUUCACCCUCUCUGAUGAUGUCUAUUGGUUUGACUCCAAUAUCUUGGCGUGCUAUGCUGUGGAUGGUGGAGAGGACAUUAAACAGAUAGAAUGGGAUUCUAGUGAGCAUAAACAAAUUGAUGCCAGAUCCCGGGUGUAUAGUGGAGAAACUACUGUCAUAGAAGAGGGAUGUUCAGUCAAACCCAAAAUAUUUUCUCAUUUUCUGAAGGAGAAGCACACAAGACCUAAUGGAGACUUGGUCACCUUGCAUUAUGCACAUUUCAAGGCUUUCAGAUUUCCAACAUCAUUGAAGAUUAUUAUACAGUGCAACGUGCAAGUGUGCUACAAGGAAUGUCCUGAACCCCUACCUUGCUCUGUGGCUUUCCAUCCAAGACGAUUCGAAGAACAAAAACAGCGAAGGCGGCGUGAAGCCGCAGCAGCAGCUGAAGAUGGUGCUCAUGAGGUUGAUAAAGUCCAGCUCCAUCGUUCUAUCGAUGUCUUCAUGGCAGAAGAGGGUGGUGAAAAAAAAAUAAAUGUAAAUUCGCCCAGUGUUGCUCAACCACUGCAGGACUUCUGUUACAGCCCUACGGUAUAUUACGCGACUGUGAUUGGCCUAGUUUCUGUUAUUGUGAUACUUCUAAUAGUUUUAUGUUUUUCAUGUUUAAGAGAGCGUUUCCACAAGUCAUCUUUCUUUACUCCAACAAAACAUCAAAAAUGAUGUUAUUCCAACUAGUUACUCCAUGCUUUAAUAUAUCUUCACAAUAUUCUAGUUUUGGCUUUUAAUAAAAUAAAAUUUAUACUACUGUAUA